AUGGGCAGCGUAACCAGCACCAACCGCGGGACAGCCCAGUCCAAGCUGCCGGCAGACUUUGUCUGGGGAUAUGCAACGGCCAGCUACCAAAUCGAAGGAGCUCAUGACGAAGACGGCCGAGGACCUUCCAUCUGGGAUACAUUCAGCAAGACCCCGGGGAAAGUAGAAGAUGGAACCAAUGGCGAUGUAGCCUGCGACUCCUAUCAUCGUACACAUGAGGAUAUUGCGAUUCUGAAGCAGUAUGGUGCUAAGCUCUACCGCUUCUCGCUAUCCUGGCCCCGAAUCAUUCCUUUAGGUGGCCGAAACGACCCCGUCAACCAAAAGGGAAUAGACUUUUACUCAAAAUUCAUCGACGAUCUACACGCCGCUGGAAUCGAGCCGUUUGUCACCUUGUACCACUGGGAUCUCCCCGACGAGCUGUUCAAGAGAUAUGGCGGUCCCCUCAACAAGGAUGAAUUCGUGGCCGACUAUGCGAACUACGCCCGCAUCGCAUUUGAGAGUUUUGGUCACAAAGUCAAGCAUUGGGUUACCUUUAACGAACCCUGGUGUAGCUCCGUGCUCGGUUUCAAUAUUGGUAAGCAUGCGCCGGGACGGACGAGUGAUCGCAAGAAGAAUCCGGUUGGAGAUGGCGUUCAUGAGCCGUGGAUUGCUGGUCAUUCGCUUUUGGUUGCCCACGGUACUGUGGUUGAUAUGUACCGGAAGGAGUUUAAGCCUACACAGGGAGGAGAAAUUGGCAUUACACUCAAUGGUGACUGGGCCGAACCCUGGGACCCGGAAGACCCAGCAGACAUCGAAGCCUGCACCCGCAAACUCGAAUUUGCCAUCUCCUGGUUCGCAGACCCCAUCUACCUUGGCAAAUACCCAGACAGCGUAGUCAAGCAAAUUGGCGACCGUCUCCCACCUUUUACCCCAGAGGAAGUCGCUCUGAUAAAGGGUAGCAAUGACUUUUACGGUAUGAACCACUACUGUGCAAACUACAUUCGUCACCGGGAGGGCGAAGCGGAUCCAGACGACACAGCUGGAAACCUCGAUCACCUGUUUGAAGACAAAUUCGGAAACUCAAUUGGACCCGAGACGAAUUGUGAUUGGCUUCGUCCUCACCCUAUGGGAUUCAGGAAGUUGUUGAAAUGGCUCUCUGAUCGUUAUGAUUAUCCCAAGAUCUAUGUUACGGAGAACGGCACGAGUAUCAAGGGCGAGAACGACUUGCCAUUGAAGGAGCUCCUCAAUGAUGAGUUUAGGGCUCAGUAUUAUCGGGAUUAUGUGGGUGCCAUGGCUGAUGCCGUUGCUAUUGACGGAGUCAAUGUUAAGAAGUACAUGGCCUGGAGUCUGAUGGAUAACUUCGAAUGGUCCGAAGGUUAUCAAUCCAGAUUCGGCGUCACAUACGUCGAUUACAAGGACAACCAGAAACGAAUCCCAAAGAAGAGUGCCCUUGUCAUUGGAGAAUUGUUCAACAAAUACAUCUCGAAAGUGUAG